AUUUCUUCAGCCUUCUCUCUCUCUUUCUUCGAGCUCUGCAGUUCAAACAUCGUAAAACCCUAAUCAAAACCUCUGGGUCGCUAGUUUUUUUCUCUAGAUUCUAAGGUAGCAAAUCAAUGGGGAAGAACAAGAAAGAGAGGAAAGAUGGAGAAGAAAAAUCUCAACACUCUGCUGCCACUGUCUGCGUCUCUGGCUUGCCUUAUUCCUUCACCAACGCUCAGCUCGAAGAAGCCUUUAGCGACGUUGGUCCUGUCAGGCAUUGCUUUAUGGUCACAAAUAAAGGAUCAAACGAACACCGUGGCUUUGCCUUUGUUAAAUUUGCUUUGCCAGAAGAUGUGAACCGUGCCAUCGAGUUGAAGAAUGGGUCUAUUGUUGGGGGACGUAAGGUUACGGUUAAGCAGGCCACGCACCGGCCUUCUCUUAAGGAGCGUCGUACAAAAGCAGCCGAAGGAAUCUCUGCACCUGAUACUUCUCAGACAGAGAGUGACAAGGGCGGUUUGGUCCCUGAGGCAGACCAGGAAGUUCCUCCACCCGAGAAGAAAGUAGAGAAGAAGAUAGAGAAGAAAGUAGAGAAGCCAAUAGAGAAGAAAAUAGAGAAGAAAGUAGAGAAGCCAAUUGAGCGCAAAAAACCAACGAAGCUUCAUGUUGAUUUAGCUGAUAAAGAUACAUGUUCAGAUAAGCAAAGAGUUGCAAGAACUGUAAUCUUUGGUGGCCUUGUUAAUGCUGAGAUGGCAGAGUUAGUCCAUAGUCGUGUCAAAGAGAUUGGCACUGUGUGCUCUGUCAGAUAUCCCCUCCCCAAAGAAGAGCUCCAACAAAAUGGGCUUACCCAAGACGGAUGCAGGGCAGAUGCAUCAGCUGUUCUCUUUACGAGUGUCAAGUCUGCUUGUGCCGCUGUUGCAAAACUACAUCAAACAGAGAUAAAGGGAAAUCUCAUUUGGGCGCGUCAGCUUGGUGGGGAGGGCUCAAAGGCUCAAAAGUGGAAACUAAUUAUCCGAAAUCUUCCUUUCAAGGCUAAACCUAGUGAAAUUAAAGAGGUCUUUACAGCAGUAGGGUUUGUCUGGGAUGUUUUUGUCCCUAAAAAUUUGGAAACUGGGCUACCUAAGGGUUUUGCAUUUGUCAAAUUCACGUGCAAGAGAGACGCACAAAAUGCAAUUGAAAAGUUCAACGGGCACAUGUUUAGUAAAAGGCCGAUAGCUGUAGAUUGGGCUGUACCUAAGAAUCUAUACAAUGGUUCUACUGAUGCCGCUACUGCUCCAGCAGAUGGUGACGAAAAUGGAAAUGAUGAGGACAGUGAUAACAGUAGUGUUGAUAUGGAGGAGGUUGAUGACGCUGUCGAAAGCCACCAACCGUCAGAAGAUGAUAUUGAUGAUGAGGAAGAGGAAGACGCCAGUAACAAACCGAGUGAAUCAGUUGUAGUGGAGAAAGAUGCUGCGACCGAUGUGAAUUUUGAAGAGGAAGCAGAUGUUACAAGAAAGGUGCUUCAGAACUUGCUUGCGUCUUCAAAAGGUCCUGUUGCUUCUCAUGCUGAAGAGACAGAGGAGCCGGAUAAAAACAAAGUCGAGGAUUCACCGACUAAGCCUGUCGCUGAAUCUUCUGGUGGCCCUGAACCUUUGAAAUCCAGUAAAACCAAAGAGGUGGCUCCUAAAGCAACGCAGGAAAACGAUGACUUUAAGAGAACUGUAUUUGUAAGCAACAUCCCAUUUGAUGUUAGCAAGGAAGAAGUCACACAGAGGUUUGCUGUAUUUGGGCAAGUUGAAUCUUUAUUCCUAGUUCUCCACCCAGUCACAAAGCGACCAAAAGGGACGGCUUUUCUCAAGUUCAAAACAGCAGAUGCAUCAGAUGCAGCCAUUUCAGCUGCCAGUACUGCCUCAGGUGUCGGUGUCCUUCUUAAAGGCAGGCAACUGAGCGUUAUGAGAGCUGUGGAUAAGAAAUCUGCACAUGACAUUGGACUCGAGAAGACAAAGGAGAAGAAUCUUGACCAUCGGAAUCUUUAUCUCGCUAAGGAAGGUCAGAUCCUUGAAGGUACACCUGCUGCUGAGGGUGUGUCUGCCGAAGAUAUGGAUAGGCGACGAAGAUUGCAUGAAAACAAGAUGAAAAAGCUUCAGUCUCCUAACUUCCAUGUGUCUAAAACGAGGAUUGUCAUCUAUAAUCUGCCGAAGUCCAUGAAUGAAAAGCAGCUACAAAAGCUCUUAGUUGAUGCUGUUACCUCAAGAGCUACAAAGCAGAAGCCAUGCAUCCGACAGAUCAAGUUCUUACAAAACGAGAAGAAGGGUAAAGUUGAUACGAAGAACUACUCACGUGGAGUUGCGUUUGUAGAGUUCACAGAGCCUGACCAUGCUCUUGUGGCCCUGAGAGUACUUAACAACAAUCCUGAGACAUUUGGUCCUCAACACCGUCCCGUUAUAGAAUUUGCUGUUGAUAACGUCCAGAAGCUGAAGAUACAUAAAGCUAAGCAAGAGUUUCAGCAACGCAAAAGAGACAAUGAAUCUGAGGAGCAGCGGACCAACGGCGAAAUGCAGGCAGAGGACAAUCAUCGUGGCAAUGAUUCAAAACGAAGAACGAGGGAUGGGGAUAACACUGGUCCAGUGGAAGAGAAUGCAUUUAAGAAGAGGAAACCUAUGCGCCCACGUGAACGGAGGAAAGAAGAAGCAAAACCUGAGGAGAAGAGUGUCUCAGUGAAGGAAGAUGCAGAGAACAAGAGAAAUAAGAAGCCUACACGCACACAAGAAAGGACUAAAGAAUCGCCUUCAAACCAGAAAGGGCAAUGGACGAGACAGCAAGAGGCAACUGAGAAACCAAAUCCGAAGAGGACUUCCAAAGAUGCGAGCGAUGUACCAAGGAAGAGAAAGUUUGAGGAGGUAAGAGGUGGAGAGAGUGUAAAUGGACAAAGGAAGAGAAAGAAUCAGAACGAGAAGAUGAAGAAGCAAGGUGGGCCUCCCGAGGUUCUGGACAAACUCGAUAUGUUGAUUGAGCAGUACAGGUCCAAGUUCACGCAGAGCUCAGCCAAAACCGGCCCACAGAAACAGAGCUCCGGUCAAGUCAGGAGAUGGUUCCAGGUUUUCUUCUCCCUUUCUCUUCUCUUUGCUUUCGUCUCUGUUUCGGUUUGCGAGAACAACGGCGAAAAUCUAUUGAUCCGGCAAGUGGUUAAUGGAUCGAAGCCAGAAGUUUUGACAUCGGAGGAUCACUUCUCUCUGUUCAAGAGGAAAUUCGGAAAGGUCUACGGUUCUCUGGAGGAGCAUUACCACAUAUUCUCGGUUUUCAAAGCGAAUCUCCGGCGAGCAAUGCGUCACCAGAGGAUGGAUCCUUCGGCUCGCCAUGGCGUUACACAGUUUUCGGAUCUGACUCCUUCUGAGUUCCGGAGAAUGCAUUUGGGGGUUAAAGGCGGGUUUAAGCUUCCCAAGGACGCUAAUCAAGCCCCGAUCCUCCCUACCCAGAAUCUCCCAGAGGAUUUUGAUUGGAGAGAUCGUGGCGCAGUGACCCCCGUCAAAAAUCAGGGAUCUUGUGGAUCCUGCUGGAGUUUCAGCACAACAGGUGCGCUUGAAGGUGCUCACUUUCUCGCAACUGGCAAACUUGUCAGCCUCAGUGAGCAACAGCUCGUGGAUUGUGAUCACGAGUGUGAUCCAGAGCAGGAAGGUUCAUGUGACUCUGGUUGCAACGGUGGGCUAAUGAACAGCGCCUUUGAGUACACGCUCAAAACCGGAGGGCUCAUGCGAGAGGAAGACUAUCCUUACACCGGCACUGAUGUUGGGACCUGCAAGUUAGACAAGUCUAGGAUCGUCGCCUCUGUCUCCAACUUCAGCGUUGUCUCCAUCAACGAGGACCAGAUCGCUGCGAACCUCGUCAAAAACGGUCCUCUAGCUGUCGCAAUCAACGCGGCUUACAUGCAAACCUACAUGGGAGGAGUGUCGUGCCCUUACAUAUGCUCGAGGCGGCUCAACCACGGCGUGUUGCUUGUGGGUUAUGGCUCGGCCGGGUUUGCUCAGGCGAGGCUGAAGGAAAAGCCGUAUUGGAUCAUCAAAAACUCGUGGGGAGAAACUUGGGGCGAGAGUGGUUUCUACAAGAUUUGCAAAGGCCGUAACAUUUGCGGCGUUGAUAGUUUGGUCUCCACCGUCGCUGCUGCUUCCGUCUAGAGAUUCAUUUAGACAAACCUGCAUUGAUUCUUGUCUCUGUCCAAAUCAAACAUGUAAAUACAUUUUAAUGAAAUGCAUUUCCCUGGUGAAUCUCAUCAUCACAAGAACACUCGAGAAGAAGACACAAG